AUGAGCUCCUAUUUUGCCAACGUGGCCGCGGCUAGCAGCUGGGGCGCCGCCGUUCAGGACCAAUAUGCUUACAUGCAGGGCUCAAAGAGCCCUGUGAGCUAUGCUGACCCCUCGCAGGCCUACACGCAAUACGGCGCAAGCAUACAUGGAUACCGUUAUCCCAGUGCAUACUCUGGGCUGGGGAGCACGACUCCGAUCAAGAACGAAUACGACCAGACCAGUCCCAACGCCUCCACGUCCUCACUAGGCCCUACGACGUGCUACGACCAGGGGUUCUACGCCUCCAUGAACUCCCCCAGGAGCGGGAACCAGGCCACAGCUCAGUCCUCUGGCUUGCCAGCUCUACCUACAACCCCUUCGUUAGCGGUGCCACAAGCGGCAACCAGCCCAGUGAACAGUGACUACCACAGUGUCAAAAUGAACGCUUGUUACAUCAACACGAUGAAUGGAUUAACCCCGCCGCCAGUGCCAGGCCCCACCCACCCCAUGAGCCCGACAGACACCCUCAGCCAUGUUUACGGUGGGUCUGCGUCAGCUUGUGAGAGUGUCAUGCAACCCUACACCUCCAAAACACAGACGCCGGCCAACUACUUUCAGUGGGUCAAGGCCUACCCGGCAGCAGGGCAGGAACCCGGGGCGGGGCCUAAGAGGACCCGUCAGACCUACACCAGGUACCAGACCCUCGAACUGGAGAAGGAGUUCCACUAUAACCGCUACCUGACGCGGCGGAGGAGGAUUGAGAUCGCCCACGCCCUAGCACUAACAGAGCGCCAGAUCAAAAUCUGGUUUCAGAAUCGGAGGAUGAAGGCGAAGAAGGAGUCAAAACUGGCGGGCGACAGCACAGGAGAGAAGAGUGAAGAGAGUGAGAAGGACGCUAGCGACAUCAGCUCCUCCUCCCCCGUGCUGCUGCCAGGGUCGCUGACGGGGACACUGUCAGCCACAUGAUGGAGCAAAACACCUAUCUUGGCAAAGAUUUGGUUCGUGUAUAUGUACUGUUGUGUGUUUGGUGACGACUCCGUUGUUUUUUCAUGUACAAAGUGGACUCAAAUCCUUGAUAAAAUAUACCUUGAAAACUCGAUUUUA